AUGGUCCUGGCAAAUGGCAUUGUUGGUGCUUCGGCUUUCGUGCUGCCCUUUCUUGGUCAGACUCCGAUGACAGUUGGAAAUCCGGGUUCUGAUUUCAUAUGUGAUCUACCUCCUAUUCUUGAUCCUGCCAAUGAUGGGUUACCCUCGGCAGUGAGCUUGUUUUCGUCAGAUGAGGCGUUGGAACGGCAGGUAAAACGUCAUCAGGCCAUUGUGAAGGUUCCGUCAGUCUCCUACGACGAUUUAGGCGAAAUCGGCGAGGAUGAGCGAUGGCUUCCGUUUUACAAGCUUUUUCCAGUUCUCCAAAAGUUGUAUCCCACAGUUCACAAGCGUGCAAAGCUAGAGAAAAUCAAUACCUUCGGGCUGCUUUACACAUUUGAAGGCUCAGAUCGAACGCUGAAGCCAACCCUCCUUACCGCCCAUCAGGACGUGGUCCCCGUUGCUGAUGCAUCCACGUGGACUUAUCCACCUUUCGAAGCUCAUUUCGAUGGCGAAUUUAUCUGGGGCCGGGGUGCAUCCGAUGAUAAGAACAGUCUUUCAGCCAUCCUCUCUGCCGUAGAAGGUCUCCUGUCCGAGUCUGAUUGGAAACCUAGACGAACCCUCAUCCUAGCAUUCGGAUUUGAUGAGGAAGUUGGUCUCAACCAAGGUGCUGGACAGAUCAGCAAGAUACUUAAGAAGAGAUAUGGUGACGAUAGUUUUGCUAUCAUCCUUGACGAGGGUGGUUUUGGCUCAGAGCCUCUUGAUGACAAUACCAUAUAUGUCCACCCUGCAAUCACCGAGAAGGGCCAUUCCAAUCUCUUCUUCGAGCUUCAUACCAAGGGUGGCCACAGUUCUGUUCCACUACCACAUACGGGAAUCGGCAUCAUUUCCGAGAUUGUUGUUGCGCUCGAGGCCGAUCCGUACCAGCCUAAAAUUAUCAAGAACAGUCCCAUUCACAAACGUCUGAUUUGUCAAGCGCGAUACUCUCCUAACACCCAGCCCAAGAUCGAAGAGCUAUUGCGGAAUGAUGAUUUUGAUGCACUAGCCACUGAAUUCGCCAGCACUAGCUCAUUGAAUCGGUUCGUUGUUCAAACCUCACAGGCUAUUGAUCUAAUCAACGGUGGGGUAAAAAUCAAUGCCAUGCCAGAGGUCGUUACCCUGGCUGCCAACUACCGUGUUGCACACCAUGAAAGGCCGGUACAGGUUCAACACAAGGCUAUUCAAGUGAUUGCAAACGUAGUUGAGAAGUAUGGUCUUCAGGUGGAUGCAUUCAAAGGCGACAAAGAAUAUCAGGAUUAUGUCGCAGAGCUUUAUCCUAGCGAUAUACCACAUCACAGCGAUCUAAAGCGCCAUGAUGAAGUUGACUACAACGGCACUCUUGUCAUCAGAGCCACAAAAGCCGGAGCCGCACCGGUGUCUCCCGUUAGUGGUCCUAUUUGGGAAGUUUUUUCGGGGACAAUUCAACACGCUUUUGCGAGAGACAAUAAAACUGUCGUGCCAGUAGGAGACGUCAUGACCGGUAAUACCGACACUCGGCAUUACCUCAGCCUUUCCCGCAGUGUAUUUAGGUGGACCCCAUCGAUCAGCCGGGGACUGGACAAUAUUCACACUGUCGAUGAGCGUGUCAGUAUCCUUGACCACUUGAGCGCCGUUAGAUUCUACUAUGACUUCAUUCGCAACUUCGAUACUGCGGAUGUAUAA